UGCAAACAUUAUUUAUGUCAAUAAAACGUGAUUCAAAUGCUUUGACGGCGUGUUUAAAGUCAAGUCUUAAACCAUUGCUUUGAAAACCAUUUAAUUUGAUAUCAUUUGCCAUUGAAAUCACUCCUCAGUGAAGCAUAUCUGCGGAGAGGAUUAACUAUGGGCGACACUACCACUGAAGUCAAUCCAAAGGCCUAUCCGUUGGCAGACAACGCGUUGACCACAAAGAUCUUUAAUGUCUUACAACAGGCAAACAAUUACAAGCAGUUGAAGAAAGGCGCCAAUGAAGCCACUAAGACUUUGAACCGAAAUCUAUCGGAACUCAUUAUAAUGGCUGCGGACGCGGAACCGAUUGAAAUAUUACUUCAUUUGCCGCUUCUUUGCGAGGACAAGAAUGUUCCGUAUGUUUUUGUAAUGUCAAAGCACGCAUUGGGUCGCGCGUGUGGAGUGGCCCGUCAGGUGAUCGCGUGCUCCAUCACUACCAAUGAGGGAUCACAACUGAAGCCACAGAUUGAAACACUUCAGCGGGAAAUUGAGAAGCUUUUGAUUUAAAUCAUUUCAUCAAAUCUUCAUUGAUUGUUAUCAACCGAUGAUUUUUAAUUAAAUUAUUAAUAAAUCGAUCAUUUAUUAAGACAACGAUUCAGCAAAAAUUAUUUUUAAUAAAAUUUAUUUAAUUUGACGAAUAAAUGUUUGAAUUU